AUGACCAACAUGUUAGCUUGUCAGCCAAAGAAAACUGAACGAAUCGCUUGGACACCUUAUCUAAGAGACUAUAUUUCUAACGGCUAUGCCGAGCAUCCUGAUUUAUAUACCGAUGACUUCCGAAUAUUGGAUGAAUUGAGAAAUGAUUGCUUAUUUAUGAGGUCAGACGAAAGAGAUUUGAACAGACUGAUAAAAUAUUACGCCCAACUUACGUUUAUAAGCAGCAAAUUUCCUAUUGAUGUUUGUAUCUUUAUAGAUGAAUCUGUAUUGCCCAAGCCCACUAAUAUCUAUUGCUCGUAG